UAGAUCAAUAUUUGAAAACAUCCGAAAAUAUUGAGAACAACUUAAAAUACCUAGAUUCCCUUUAAAUUCUUCUCAUUUAAUUAAAUAUUUUCUGAAUAUUAAAUAAAGCUGCAUAUUAGUGUACGGAUACACAACAUACCAUAUAUGUCAUGUAUAUUGCUGUUAUGAACUCGUUUUGAAAUACAUCGGGCUCGUAAUAAAAUUAUUCUGUUUAUCUAUUUAGCCCGCCAACGCGCAGUGUGCAAAGACACAUGGACAUGUAACAAUGUUUAUUGACGUGCUUUUCUGGUUUGUUUUCUUCGGUAAUUUUGAGUUAAUUUUGUGCAGGCCUAAAACAGAUAUACCCCUCUUUGAGGCCUGUCAUGGUGAAGAAUGUACGUGGUACGCGAAUAGUAGAUAUAUAGGAUGUAGAUCCAGUGAUGAUUUUCUUCUUCGUUUCCCAUACUUUGAUAAAAGCUCAACCAUAGACUUCCGAUGCCUUUCCGUUCAACAGAUUUUUAUUCGAAGUGAUUUUGAUUGCCGUGACAUUCCUUUAAUUGUUGAACAUGCUAAAAAUAUGCCUAGUGUGUUUAUGGGAGAGGCUGAGAUACAAUGUCAGAUUCCAUCAACAUUUCAAGGAUCAACCAAGGCUUACACUACCUCUACCCCAAUGAUUCCCCCAACAUCUCAAGGAUCAACAAAGGCUUACACUACCCCAAUGUCUACCUCUCAACAUGUGAGUACUCAUGGAUCCACCAAGGUUUACACUACCUCUACCCCUAUGUCCACCUCUCAACAUUCAAGUAAUCAUGGAUCCACCAAGGCUUACACUACCUCUACCCCUAUGUCCACCUCUCUACAUCCAAAUAAUCAUGGAUCCACCAAGGCUCACACUACAUCUACCUUUAUAUCCACCUUUCAACAUGUGAGUGAAGGCUUUAAGCAUCACAUGUUUUUAUUGUAAAUUUUUAAAGCUAUAAUUGAAUCCGUCAUCACAUGAAAUCCGUGACUGUAAAGUGAUAAGGUAGCAUUGGUCAUCAAUUCUGUUUUAUAAGACUUUUAUGUCUACUAAAUAUUUCAGCCACCUACGACUAGGGAGACUACAGACGAUACUGUGAAUGGGGAUAUGGGGACAGCACCACCGCCUGCGAAAACAACAUCCUCAACAGUGACCAUUCUUAUAAGUAAAUACUUAUCCAUAUCUUCUUUUUGUUUGUCACUUAUUACAAUAAUUAUAACAAUAACUUUUUUGAAAUUAUUGCAUGUUAAAAUAAAACAAAACCAAUC